AACUGGCUUCAAGUUGCGCUUGUGGCUCUGGCCCUCUCGUUUGCAGCGUACUCACCGCCAUGAUCGCGUCUCUACCGCCCGAGCUCACCGACCAUAUCCUCGACUAUCUACACAAGGACAGCCGUUCCCUCGGUGCAUGCGCGCUGACGUGUCGUGCAUGGUUGGCCACAGCGCGCUACCACCGUUUCCGCGACCUCAGCGUUAAGAGCCAUAUAAUGCUCACGGCACUUCGGGACCUUGUUGCGCCUUCGCCGGCGCUGGGCCUCGUCGUCAGAAGGCUACGGAUACACAUCUGGACUUCCACGUUACUUUGCUCUAAAUUUCCAUCGCUUCCGGCCCUCACCACGCUCGUACUCUGUGGUUGUGGCUUCCGCCUCGGCGACCUCGCCGGUAUCGGUGUCAAGCUUCCCGCUCUGCAAGAGCUAAGCAUGUCAUUAUGUGGCGUGGAUUUGGACGCGCUCGCCGAGUUCUUGUCAUCCAUCAGCGGUCUAAAAACCUUCUCAUUGGCACAACCACAUCUUAUCCUGCCACUAUAUGAUGGCGUACCAGUUGUGGGGCGUUUGGACUCUCUCCGCACGUUGCGGCUGGAUUUUGGUGAUUCACCGCCCGGGAAGCGCGGCACGUACGUCCCUAUGCAUUGGCUCGUGAGUACGCUCCAGCCACAGCAAAUCCAAACGCUCCAUGUCAGUCAUCUUGACGACCCGCGACCUAUCCAACCGCUCUUCAAUACCCUUGGUCCGCGCAGUUUGGAACAUGUGGCGCUGAAAUUGUGCUUUGGAGGUCGGUGCUUGCUAUACCUUCUAGUAUUAUUACUAUGUCUGAUCAUUACCCAGACGCUGCAACGUCUGGGUUUACGCUAAAGCCCUGCGUCAACUUACGAACGAUAUCGAUUGAGCUCCGUCAUUACCCAAGGCGAGAGAGCAACACAAGGAUUCUGAAGUGGCCCAGCGUGCUCAUAUCCCAGCUCAACUCUCCUUCCCUCGAAAUGU